AUGGUGAAAACCCACAUCGCUUCUUCUAAGUUACUUCCUGGGACGUGUAUCGCCGUUCUUCUGCUUCAUCAUCAACAAUACUCAAUCUCUAGAUUUAAAGGCGUAAGCACCGAGAAGUUCGAGCGUGGGCAACAGGCAAAGCGUUGGGCGCCGCGGAUCGGCGCGGCUGUGCUGGCGCUUACUGUUGCGCUCGCGCAUCGGUCAGAUUGGCAGUUCUCACUGCCCAUCUAG